AUGAAGCCACUGCCCCCUAAUGCUGCAGUGCUAAGCACCAAGAUCCAGGCGUGGUGGCGCGGCACGCUGCUCCGCCGCACGCUGCUGCACGCGGCGCUCAGAGCCUGGAUCAUCCAGUGCUGGUGGAGGGAGCUGCAGCUGAGGCACAUGGAGAGGAACCGACAGGCGCUGCUGGAUUUCUACUUGUGGCAAAUGCGGGCAGCUGUCAGGCUGCAGGCCUGGUACCGCAUGUGCUGCGUCCGAAGGCGAUACUGCACCGUGCUUAACGCCGUCCACAUCAUCCAGGGUUUCUGGCGCUAUCACAAAAGCCAGACCCGUUACUUCUUCAGGGGCGUCUAUGAGAUCAAAGCAAGCCAGCUAAGACUCCAGAUGGACAUGGUUUUUGGACCUCAAAUUUGUCGGAUUACAGACUGCAUCCCCUUCCCAAUAAAGGACUGA